GUUUUCCGGGUUCAGAGGCAACGGAAAGAAAAGUUUGAUAAGAAGUGGCAUGGUUUAAUACAAAACAAAUGGAAUCGGGUGACUCUGAAAAAGAUGUAUCGCACACUAGGAGAAGUACCAGACAAUUAUCAAAGACAGUUUUAUUUAAUACAGAUCUUAAACCCAGACCCCCCUUGAAAAGAACCCGAAAAGCGAGGGAAGAUGAUGCGGCAUCCAGAGCUGUCAAUGUAUCCAAAGAGCCCAAGAGCCUCGCAAAGGGAAAUGAUGAUGGUGAAUCCCCUGUUAAGAUCCAAAAGCUUCAAGAAGCAGAAAAUGCAGGGGGUGGUAAGGAGAGUGGCGAUGGAUUUGGUCACAAAGACGAAGCAGAUGUGGAAAUGGAUGAGAAUGUAGACCAGGAUGAAGAUAUGAACUCUGAGGAGGAGGCAGAGCAGGACCAUGGGCUCAGUGUGAAACAUGGGCGUGCGAUAGAUGAAAAGCACCCAAACCAUGUAUGGCAAGUAAAUCCGGAAACAAAGCCGGAUUUGAGGAGCCGAAGAUCCUUUAACCCUAAGACUGUUGACUCUGAGCUAUACAAACCAAAAACGCAAGCAAAUUACAGUUCAAAACCCACAGUUAAAGAGGUCUCGCAAAAGAGGAGCAGCAUAAAAUAUCAGGAUCACAAGGAGGAAAAAGCCAGAGAUGCGCUUGGAUUUUCGCUUCUCACGGGUUCGUACAGGUACCCACCACCAUCUGAUCCCCACAGCAUUCAUGGUUACCAAACAAAUAACCUUCCUAUCAGAAAACAACCCAAAAAUCCCAAAAUUCCAGAAUUAAAGAAACCAGUCAUCAUCUCAAAACCAAGUCCAGCUUCCACCUCUAGAGGGUGUGCAUGGUACAUUUGCAAGUCGCUUCAGUGGUUUCUGGUAAUAGGAUUGCUGGCUUUGGGCUUGCUGGGCUAUCAGAAGUUUCAAGACUCCCCAUUGCCUACAACUGAUGAUGUCCAAGCUGCUGCAAUGGAGAAGUUUGAUGUGGAGCUAGCUGCACUACAGCUCCUUUUUCCCAGUCAGCGCUCAGUGUUCUGGACAAGGAGUAGAAAACAUCUCAAGCGCCACCUGCAGACACUCAAUCCCACUGAACCAGUCAGCUUAAUUUUGACCUCUGGUUUUAAGGCUGAAAGGACAUUGAGCUGCCUUGCUCGAAGGUUAGCUGCAGUUUAUUCCACUUCCCUUAAUUCCUCAAUCAUAGAAAUCGAUGGGACCACCAAAACGGCACAAGACAGUGACCAGGUCAAGCUGGACAUUGAUACAGUUCUGAGGGUAGCAUUUGGAGGUAAUAAAUCUGCGGCCAUCAUCCACCGUUUUGAGGAACUCCCUCCUGGAUCUACGCUCAUAUUCUAUCGUUACUGUGACCACGAGAAUGCAGCUUUCAAGAAUGUUUCCCUGGUCUUCACUGUGAUUCUCAAUGUGGAUACAAUAGAUCCAGAGGCCAGUCUGAGUGUAGUGGAAGAUAUGAUAUAUGAGAAAAUAAAAGACAAGUUUGUCUUAGAAAAGUCAGCUCUGUUUAAUCAAAUGGAUGUUGACAAACUGAGCGGCCUCUGGAGCAGAAUUUCUCACCUCAUCCUGCCAGUGGCAGCAGAGGAGAAGUUUGAGCAGCAGGGUUGUGAGGCCUAACCUGAUUGGCCUUUAUAGAAAACAUGAGAUUGCAUCACUGUAAUGAGCUGGAUUUGUCGUUUUGUACCUUUUUUUUUUUUUUUACUUAAACUGGUCUUGUUAAAAUGGUUUGAUUUGUGGGCCACAUAAGUGUACAGAGGGAAUCUUUAUUCCAAAGAGGUUUUUAAAAGACAAGUGUAUUAAAUAUUUGUUUCUAAAUGUUUUAUAAUAAAGAAAUGUUUUUGUAUUCUUCUCAGUUUUUGUUCUUUCAGUUUUUUUGUUUUGUUUUUGGUAAUGUACUAUGCACAUGUGUGUGAAGGUGAACAUUUGAUAAUGUAAUGGUAAUACAGAGGCAUUUGGCAUGCAACCUAAAUCAGCUUAAUAAUUUUUUCUUCCCAUGUCCAGGUGCGAUUUAAUGACUGAUAAGUUUGGCACUGAUGUGUUUUACAAGUCCACAUUCUCUUUUUGGUUCUUUAUUGUAUCUUUGUUUGACUAAAAAUAUUAAAAUUAAAAGUGAGUAUAUUUGUGAAUGAGUUUUCAUUUUAUAGACCUCUGGUUUGGGCAGUUUUGUCAUAGAUAGAUUGUUUGUGUCCACAAUCUCUUGAGAGCUUUGAGUAUUAAAUUGAUGCCAUAAUAAAUUAUAUGGCUUUCACAUUUUCUGUCACAGAUGUUUUGUUUAAAAUAUUGUGUAAAUUUAUUGAUACUGAGUAUUUGUGUAACUAAUUAUGUUUUAAGACAACUGAAGGAAGCUUUAUUGCUGCAGCUUGUUGCCAUAAUAAAAU